UUUUUGAAUAGGGAAGAUGGCAGCCGCGGCAGUGGUGGAGUUUCAGAGAGCUCAGUCUCUCAUCAGCACAGACAGAAACGCUUCUAUUGAUAUUUUACAUUCAAUAGGUAAAGCUGUCUUUAGAUCAUUUGUGAGGCGAGAUGUCCAGGAAGAUGAUGAAGAGGCGGUUCGUGUCAAGGAGCAGAGCAUCCUGGAGUUGGGGACUCUCCUGGCUAAGACGGGACAAGCCGCAGAGCUUGGUGGCCUGCUGAAAUUUGUGAGGCCUUUCCUGAUCUCCAUAAGCAAGGCAAAGGCAGCACGGUUGGUGCGCUCGCUUCUGGAUCUAUUUCUGGACAUGGAGGCUGCCACUGGCCAGGAGGUUGAACUCUGUCUGGAAUGCAUUGAAUGGGCUAAAGCUGAGAAAAGAACUUUCCUCAGACAAGCCCUUGAGGCUCGACUCAUCUCACUCUACUUUGACACAAAGAGAUAUCAGGAAGCCCUUCAGCUGGGUUCCCAGUUGCUUCAGGAGCUGAAGAAGAUGGAUGAUAAAGCUCUGCUGGUGGAGGUUCAGCUGCUGGAGAGUAAAACCUACCACGCUCUCAGCAACCUUCCCAAAGCCAGGGCUGCCCUCACCUCAGCCAGGACCACCGCCAAUGCCAUCUACUGUCCCCCAAAACUCCAGGCGGCUCUUGAUAUGCAGUCAGGUAUCAUUCAUGCAGCUGAGGAGAAAGAUUGGAAAACUGCCUACUCUUACUUCUUUGAGGCUUUUGAGGGCUACGACUCCAUCGACAGCCCCAGGGCAGUUACCGCACUGAAAUACAUGCUCCUCUGCAAGAUCAUGCUCAGCUCGCCAGAGGAGGUUCAGGCCUUGAUCAGUGGCAAACUGGCUCUGCGAUACGCGGGGCGACAGACCGAUGCACUGAGAUGUAUAGCACAAGCCAGCAAGAACAGAUCAUUAGCAGAUUUUGAAAAGGCCCUCACGGAGUACACUAAAGAGCUGAGAGACGAUCCCAUCAUCAACACACAUUUGGCCAAGCUUUAUGACAACUUGCUGGAACAGAAUCUCAUUCGGGUCAUUGAACCCUUUUCCAGAGUACAGAUAACGCAUAUAGCAGGCCUCAUCAAACUUUCAAAGGAUGAUGUUGAGAGAAAACUGUCACAAAUGAUCCUGGACAAAAAGUUUCAUGGCAUUCUUGACCAAGGCGAAGGAGUGCUCAUCAUAUUCGAAGAGCCCCCUGUGGACAAGACUUACGAGGCAGCUCUAGAAACCAUACAGAACAUGAGCAAAGUUGUGGAUUCACUGUACAACAAGGCUAAGAAGUUAACAUAGAAUAAACAUCCGAGGCUGCUGCUGUGUGAAAUGGUUGUAUGCGUGUGAGUUUGCCCGUGUGUAUGUGUGUAUGGCCAACAUGUGGAACUUUUUUCUCACAGCAAAAAGGGACAACAUUGAGCAAGAUCUACUUGUUCCCCCCAGUUGAGAGUUUUUAAUGUUUCUUUUCUUUCAAAUGGACAAUUUCAUCUUUCUGAUCCUCUGAAUUUUUUUUUUUUGUUCUUCUCUGUAUCUCUCAACGGCCAGCACAGGCCAUCAGGGAAUGUUGUACAACUACAAUAAAAUCCUAAAAUGUCAUAUAGAACUGUAUAGCUCUUCUACAUUUAAAGUUUUUUAAUUACAGCAACUUUGUGAUACAGACUCUUGGGUUUCGGUUUUCUGCGGUUCAUCAGUUGUUUGCAGUAGUGCAUAUCUUUUUUUCUUUUUCCCCUCAUUUUAUAGACGCACUUUCUAAAUGAUUGUUGUAGAUGACAAAUUGAAAGGAACUUGGCUGUAAGGAAGAGGCUCUGUAAUAAGCACAGUUGCCAAUCAUAUUACCAUACACACUAGAAAGUUGUUUUCUAAGUUCGUACGAUCGAGUAUUGUUUGCCGUUUACUUUUGCAGUAUACCGUCUUUACGGUUUUGUAUCUACAGUGUACUGUUUGCCAAGUAGGGUGGUUAUAUUUAACGGCCCAAUCCUACAAAAGUUUUAGUCCUGUUUGAUUAAACUAACCUUUUCCCUAACAUACAUUUAUGUCUGCACUGAAGUUUCUUAUUUUUCAUUCAUUCUUUUGUUAUUUCUGAUCUUUUCGGAUCAGCAUCUCAAUGCAAACUCCAUUUCCUCUUUGCCAGCAGUAGACCAUUGUAUGUUAAAUACCCUCAAUAUUGUUUUAAGCUUCAAUGUUUUGUACAUUUUUUUUUUAACUCCUGUAAAUGUAUACGUUCACGCAUCCUUUGCAAAAAAAUAAUUUAUGUUUUCAUUUAUUCUGUUUAGUGUGCAAUUAUAAAUAUUCAACAGCAACAACAACAAAGUAAUUUCUUGUGGGAGAAUGUUUUUAAAUGAUUUUUUGAAGUCCAGUGUUGAUUUGAGAGCUUCUUGCAUGUGAUUGUGAUUGAUUUGUAGUGGCAAUCUAGCAUUGGUCAUUGACAAUUGAGAAUUUAGUGAGACAUUAAACGCUUUGGAAAGUAUUUUUUUUUUAUUUUAUUUUAUUUUGUUUUGUGCCUAACAUUGAAAAAUGGUCCACAAAAGUCCUCUGUCCAAAGCUCAAUUAUUGAAAUUUUGGUGUAAGCGGAUUUAAGUUUUAAGGAACAUGACUGUUUUAUUUUUGUAUGAGUUGGCCUGAUCACUAAUUAAAGUGUUUUGAUUACA